AUGCAAAAAUCUAUUCAUGAGUUUGAGCGUCAAACAGGGAAGAUGGCUAUUAUGCAGAAUGUCAAACCACUGGGUGCUCUUCCUAGUGAUACUGAGAAGAAUCACAAGGAGUGCAAGGCAGUCAACUUGAGGAAUGGCAGAGAACUUGAAGAAGUGCCUCCGAAAAAGAAGAACGUAGCAGAAGCAGAACUUAUCCCUGCUAAGCGAGCUGAGCCAGAGCCGAAAGUCGUAGAGCAACCCGUAGAGGAAGUAGUUCGACCACCCCCUCAUUUUCCACAACGACUUCAUAAUCAAAAAGCAGAUUCGGCUUGUAAAAAAUUUCUUAAACUCUUGAAACAGGUACACAUCAACAUUCCUUUAGUGGAGCUUUUACAAGAAGUUCCAAAAUAUGCUAAGUAUAUCAAAGAUGUGGUUGCGAACAAAAGGCGUUGGACAGAGUUUGAGACUCUAGUUGAUCGAUCUCUUGCUUAUCCUGACAGUAUUAUUGAAGAUGUUCUUGUGAAGGUGGGUCUAUUUAUUCUGCCGGUUGAUUUUGUUAUACUUGAUUAUGAGGCAGAUAAGAGUGUUCCUCUCAUCAUGGGAAGAGCAUUCUUGGCAGCUGUUGACGCUGUGAUCCGAGUUAGAGAUGGGAAGAUGUCCAUGACAGUUGAUAGAUAA